GGAGGGAGGGAGGGGAGGGAGAGAAGCUGUGCAGAUGAAUGUGGGCGAAGGGUCACCCCGUUUUGCAAGGAUCUGAGCGAGUUCAGCAAAGAUUACAGUUCCUUUAAAAUGACACGGACAGACCCGCCUGACAUACUGUUAUCUACCGUGCACCGAGAUUUGAAAGUCAGCCCGAUGCCAGGUGAACCCAAAGCCUACACACCCCAGAGAAAAUGUGACCGCCUCACCUCCAGCGCUCUGCAGGACACUCAGCAAUACGUUAACAAGCGGCAGUGCAGAAGCUUUGACUUCCUGGAUUCGCUGGAACCUCAGCAGGAAGCUGGAAACUCCAUGGAGGAACUUCCUUACAGGCAGACGGAGAGGCGGACGGCCAGCCCGGAGACGAGCUGGGAUUCCUUGGGAAGGCAGGUCUACCACCGCUCCUCUGCUCCCGAUCUGGUGGUCAGUCGCUUGUGCGCUUACAGCGCGGAACACAGGGAGGUCCCCAAACCAGAGCCAAAGAGGAGACUGAGGUCCAGGAGCGCCCCGAGGGUGAAGACCACCUUCAGACCUGUCCAGGUUGCCUCUCCAGAGCUGAUGCGCAGAGGCCGUGAUGCCCUGCGCAUGCCCAGAGAGUCCCAGCGCAGGGUGGACACCUCUCCCAGAAGGGACGCUUAUUACACGUCCAAGUACAGGAUGAACGAGGUCCAUCCCAUCAAGCUCCAGCCGCAGAGAGGGGAGGCCAGCCAUUACCCACCGCUCUACGUGAGUGAGAACUAUGAGAGCUACGAGGAGAACCAAGCGGCCAAGCCUCACGUCAGAUACCGAGUAGACAUCAAGCCGGACGAGGUCACGACUCACCACCCCCAACCACCGCGGGGUCUGAAGACCCCACAGAGACAGGUCAACGUGUCCAACUGGCACAUGCAGCCGGGCAGGAGCUUGACAGUGCCGGCCGGCCGCAGGUUCGUCAAGACGGUCUCGCCGGCCGAGAGUUACGGCGGCGACUACUGGACGCUUUCGACGCAGAGCAACUACUCUCCGCAUCGUUACUACAGGGAGGACCGGAGACGGGGGGCCCCACAGGUGGUCCCCCCGCAGCCCGUGUUCAGCGAGUAUAACUACCCGGAGGUCAGGAGACCUUGCCGUCAGUACGGCCAACCCAACGUCUACUACACCGAGGACUCCAGCCGGAUGUCCCAGCAGAGGUACACCUCGCCCAUGCAUUUCCACGACUGGUGGGGUACCAAUCGGGCAGCCCACCCCCAUCAGAGUUACCCCACGCCCCAGAUCCUGUCGCACUGGGACGGCAGAGUGGGCUCUCUGUCCCCUCAUGGCUCCAUGUACGGCAUCAUGGACCAGCAGCGAAUCUGCACAGACACUCGCUCCUACUCCAAAUCCUGGGACAACAUCCUGUCUCCUGUAGGAGGGGGAGGAGGAGGACACCGGGAGUUCUCGGUGGCUCACGGGCUGAGCUACGAGAACCUGCAGCAGUCCCCCGAGAGGAGGGCUCCCUCGCCAGACGGCAGACGCCAACCCAUUGUGGUCAACCUGUCCAGGUCGCCCAAGCGCUACGCCGCCCUGUCGCUGUCGGAGAGCUCCAUCAUCGAGAAGGUUCACGGCGACGGAGGCAGGAAUGCCGUGGGCAGGUCAUGGUACAUCACGCCCGAGAUCACCAUCACCGACAACGACAUCAGAAGCAACGGCUUGAACAGGGCCAGGUUUCACCCGGGCGGGGGCGAGGCCACCGACGCGGGAAACAGCCUGAGCGCCUCGUUCAACGAUCUGCUGUCCUGCAACGCAGACACGGUCAGGGACACGGGCGACAACGUCGCUUACGGCUCUCCGCAUCAGCAGCCGCAGCUGGAUGACGUCCUGGCCGAUCUGGUCAUCGACACGUGCAAAACCCCGGCCAGCAGGAGACCCAGCGAGGCGGACACCUUGGUGGACCAGCUGAGGAAACUCAUCACCGACAACGACAACCCUGCAGAGCUUGACCUGAGGAAGGGCGUCGUGCACACGACCGAACCCCAAAAGAUGAAAGGGUUUCCUUUCACCGGUGGCUUAAUCUCGUCGGAUCUGGCCCGAGAGAUCGGGGGGCACGCUCUAGGCAUGCUCCGGAGCCCCAGUUUCCCCAUGGCCUCCGACGGUCCCCCUCAAGACCAGAGCUCGGACGACGUGGACACCAUGAUGUGCUCCAAUCUGAAGUGCGGACUGACGGAGACACUGUUCAAUGCCCGCCUCUAUUUCAAGUCGUGCCACAGCUGCUACACCUACUACUGCUCGAGGAACUGCCGGAAGAAGGACUGGGAGAUGCACAAGGAGUGCUGUGUGUAUGGUCGGGUCGGAAGCACCUGCAAGCGGGUGUUGCGCAUCUGCCGGGAGAACCAGGAUGCUCACAAGGCCUUUUCCCGCAUUGCUCGGAUGGGCUAUCUGUCCCGGGGGAAGGGCGUCCUAUUCCUCGGUUUUCCCAACCCGGGAUCUGCCGAAAAUUUCAUCCAGUACGGCCUGGAGAGCCUGGUACUGGCCCCGACCUACAUGUCCGUCAGGGAGCUCGAAGGCUACGCAGACAACUUGGGAGAGUACUCCAAGGAGAUCCAAGACGCGGGCAAGCAGUACGACCCAGAGGAGUGUUUCCUGUUGAACGUGUCGAUCGCCCUGGGGCAGAAAGUGCCCGAGAACCCUUCCCCCCGGCUUCAGACGCCGACCGUCCGGAGGUUCGCCAAGAUCUCCCUGGCCUCGGCCAGCCCGGAGAAAAAGGUCUUCAAGGACAACGAGAUGGAAACGCUGAUCCUGACACCUCCGCCCGGCACGGUGGACAUCGACAAGGAGGGGGAGGUGGGGAGGAAGGCCAGGGAGGUGUGCUUCAUCAACGUGCAGCGGGAGCUUCGCAUCCGGGGGGUCUUCCUGCGGCACGAGUACCCCAACAUCUACCAGGAUCUGUGCGAAUUUGUAGAGAGCAACAAAAGGUUCACUCCCACCACCAUUUACCCCAUUGACAAAAGGACUGGGAAGCAGUUCAUGUGCAUGAUUAUGGCUGCCUCCGAGCCAUUGACGUUGGACUGGGUGGGCAAACCCAACCUGCUGGAGGACAUCAUGUGAACGAUCGAUCGAUCGAUCGACCGAU